AAGACAAAACCCUAAUUUCUCACAUUUCUCUGUUCUCAUCGUCAAUGGAAUCGACGAAUGCUAAACACGAGACUCUGGUGAUGGAACCGAUCAGUUUUCAAUCCAAGGCUCAAGAGAUUUCGAAAUUCUCCGAGAAUUCUAACCCUAACGUCGUCUCACACUCGACUCCACUCGCGAAAUCUGCCAAAUCGAGUAAAUCUUCUGCGCAGAAGAAUCCGAAAUCGAAGCCUAAUCUUACUCCGGCGGUUUUCUCACCACGGAAUCGGAUCAGAGAGAGGAGGUUCGUGGUGGUGAAGAAGAAUUCAAGCAAGGAGAAGAAGGAUUCAGCGUCUGUGGAUUGCAAAUGUGGAGCUAAGACCAAUUCCAACAUGAAGAAAUGUGUUUGCAUUGCGUAUGAAACUCUACGGGCUUCACAGGAAGAGUUCUUCAACAAUCGAAGAGAAUCUGAAUCAGAAAUUGGAGAAUCCAGCCAGAAUUUGAAGGAUGGAGAUGAACAAGUCGAAAUUGGAGAUUCUGAUGAAAUUAGGGUUUCUUCGAUGAAGAGGAGAAGAGAAAAGGUAUUGGAAGAAGCGAGAAUGAGUCUACCUGAAUUUGCUACAAAUCUGGGACUAGAACAACCUCAUGCCUCAGUUUCUUCAUCAUGGGACAAUAGUGAUUCAAGUCUGAACUCAAAUGGUGGCCGGAGGGGCAGAAGAAAUAGCUUGGAUUCCUCUGCUUCAAUGGGAAGUAGAAGAUCGAAAAAGAAGCAGAUCAAAGUCACUUCUCUGAAGCCAUUUAAACUCAGAACUGAGGAACGGGGAAGAAUGAAAGAAGAAGAGUUUGCAAAAAAGCUACACGAGAUGACGCUGGAGAACGAAAAAAUGAGAAUCCCCAUAGCUCAAGGUCUUCCCUGGACAACUGAUGAACCUGAGAAUUUGGUUAAGCCUCAUGUGAAAGAUAUCACAAUACCAGUAGACUUGAAGCUCCAUUCAGACAUUCGAGCAGUAGAACGUGCAGAAUUUGAUUACCAGGUUGCUGAGAAAAUAAACCUAAUCGAGCAAUACAAAACAGAAAGAGAACGCCAACAAAAGCUAGCAGAAGAAGAAGAGAUACGAAGGCUGAGGAAAGAGUUGGUCCCUAAGGCACAACCAAUGCCUUACUUUGAUCGACCAUUCAUUCCCAAAAGGUCGAACAAGCACCCGACGAUACCUCGAGAUCCCAAGUUUAAUAUACCGCAACACAAGAAGAUAAGAUGCUGCAGUACAUCGUCUUGGAGUGACACUGGAUCUUACAUGAGCGACCUCUUGUACCAACAAGACCUCUAAAAAAACCUUUGAAUUCAAUUUGCACAUUUCUUCAAUAAUCUUGUUCCUUGUCCAUAUCAUCUCUUCAUAAACAACAUCUUACAUU